UGCCAGGGUCUUCCGCAGGACGCGUUGUGAUGUCUUCAGCACCGCAUAAGCCUGGCAGCGGCGUUAUGUUGAGAGCUAAAUGCAUCGUGGCUGGCGAUGCGGCAGUUGGUAAAACGUCGUUAAUUCACGUGUUUCAUGGAGAAGGGACGCCGUCUAAGGGAUAUUCUAUGACUCUUGGUGUGACGACACUGCAGCAAGUCGUUCGAGUUCCAGAUUCAGAAGACGUGGUGGAAGUCUGUACUGUUGAUUCAUCAGGUCACGAGCUCUACUCGGAUCACAUUCAGCAACAUUGGACCCAUCCCAAUAUGCUUUUCCUGGUGUAUGACGUUACGAACAGAGAGACGUUUGAUAGUUGUAACAAGUGGCUGGAGUGUAUACGUUCACAUCCACCUGAUCAGCCAUAUCCUGGCGUACUGGUCGCUAACAAGACAGAUCUCGAAAAGCGUCGAGUAAUAUCAGAAGAAGAAGGUCGAGCAUUUGCCACAGCAAAGCGUCUAGAAUACUUCGAAGCAUCAUCAAAAAUCACAGAAAGCUGUACAUCACCAUUCCUCCAUCUCGUCACAGAAUAUCACAAACUCUAUGAAAAGAAAUUGGAAAUGAUGACGUCACUGAUUUAGAUAUUAUGUAGUUAUACAUAGCGCUAAUACUUAUUACUGUAUA